AGAGAGAGAGAGAGAGAAAGAGAAAGUCUGUUGAAAUCGCGUGUGUGCGAGAAAGAAAAGACGAAAAACGAAUAGCCAAGGGAAAAAACAAAAAAUCAGAAUUCGUAGGAACGAUGAGGCUACAUAACAUUUCUUUUGCGUUAUUUCGAUGAGAAUAACAUUGUUUAUAUUUCGCCAGAAAUAACAAUAAAAAGGAUCAUUCAUAAAAUUGAAUCGCACGGAGUUAACAUUAAUUUCUUGAAAUUCACAAAGCACAUCAUGUUUUUCAUCGAGAAAGAAGCCGGUCGUUAUACGAUCGAUAUAUCUGUUACUCGAAACUUACGUACUCGUCAAGGGUGGCAGGCUUUAACGGUACUUGUCAUCCUCUUGACAAGCAUUUUUUCGUCGUGCAAGGCUUCGCCACUGUCAAAGGUCACGGCCGGUGGAUUAGAUGACACUGGAAAAUUAUGGGAUCAGCGUAGUAACGCUUCGAAAAACGUGGAUUAUAAAAAGAAUGAAAAUGAGAAUCCAAUAAGACGCGAUUUGCCAGCUUCGCCGGCAGAACUGCUGAAACCCGACAAAUUUCUAUUCUACACGUAUAACGAUCAGGGGAACAUGAUCACGAAGCAAAUGAGUUUACGUGAGAUACAGACUCUAAUCGCAAGUGGAAACGGCGGGCACGUUGCGAUGGAGAUAUAUGAACCUCACAAAUCUGGUGAUCUGUUGAAUGGAGAAAAGAAGGUGAUGGAUGUAGUUGAAAAAGUGCAAAAUGUAUUAAAAAGUGCAUUGGAUAAACCAUCGACCAUGGCCGGCUCGUUAUCGACUAUUCCAGAAUACGCAAACGCCGAAUGGAGUAGCAUUUUACCUGGUAUUCUGACCAAUAGCGAUAUCGAAGCUGAUCCUACAUCGGAAGAACCUAAUUACGUGGAAAUUACGAAACCCGAUUCGCUUAUGCAAGAGAUAUCGGUAACUUCGUUGAAUCGAGAAACUCAAUCGUCCACGUUAAAACCAUCGAUGUUAACUAAUCCAGAAACACCUGAACAAUUGGUCAACGAUGUUAUUUCAACAACCAGCAGCUUCCCAUUAAUAUCGAUUAUUAAUGAAAAUAAUUUUUCGACGAUUAUUAGUUAUGGCGAAACGAAAUCUCCAGAUAAAUAUACUGAGAAACCAAUGAUUCCAGUGCCAAUGAUCACUACCGAAGAAAAACCAUUCACCCAUCAGUUAGAGACGUCAUCAAUCGACGAUUCGACGUAUCAAACAUUGAGUACAAAAUCCACUGUCGAGUUUUCUGACAUCGAUCACUCGCCAAUGGAGAAGAUGAAUAAUGCAACGGUGUUCGAAAAAGUUCCAGUCAAGGUUUGGGACGAAUUGGAACAAAACGUGACUUUUGACGAGUCGAGCAUUAGCCGAGUAACGGAAUAUGUACCGAUUUUGACUAUGUUGGUGGGAUCAACGGUGAACGACUCGCUUGCCCUAGCAACGAACGAAGUGUUGUCAUCCACUGAAAGCGAUAUAACGAAAAAGGUAACGGAAACAAUGUCAUUGGAAACAUCGACUGUAGAAGCAAAUACGAAGAUUGGUCAAUCUGAAAGUGUCACGACGUUAUCGGGAGAUACGAUCACCGACACGGUCACGCCAAUUGUUAUUACGCAUGCACAAACGGAAUCGAGCGAACAUUUAUCUAAAGGUAAUAUCACUACACAAUCUUUCGACGAUAGAAACGUGACAAUUUCUGAAGUAUCAGAAGUAACGACUCCUCCCAUUUUGUCAAUAAUUUCAACGUCGACGUUAUUAUCGAACAAGCCAACAAACGAUGAACGAUUAAACAUUUCACAAUCAUUCAACUUGACAAUGAAUGCGACCGAAGGAAUCGAUUCUUCGACAUCAACGUCGGCACAGCCCAACGAUUACUUCAAUGUUUCAUUAUCAGUAAAUUCAUCUGACGAUACAUCGGAAGGAACAUCCAUUAGUACGAUUACAGAUUCUGCUGGCUUUUCAGAAACAACAGACCUUCCUGUCGCCGUAAUCGUUACGAAGAAUAUUACUUCGAAUCAUGAAACAAACUUGAAGCCUAUUGAUAGUUCAACGUCCGACGUUGAUACAGACAAGUACGAUGAAAAUCCUGAGAGUUUGACGAAUAAGUUACAGUCAAUCGAAACAAACGAGAAAGAAUCUUCGAUCGAAAUGGAAAUUUCCAAAAUAAAUGACAUAUCUACUGUACAACCUACAGUAGCGAGCAAUACGAUGAAUUCGACAUCAACAUCUACUUAUACAACGGAGACCAUUUUUGUUCGGAUCGAUGGUCCGUCCGUUGAUCCUUCUACUUUAUCCAGUAUGAUACCUGAAUCUACUACGGCUACCAAGAUUACCUUUAUCAAUGAUUUAAAAAGCGAUACUUCCACCGAAUCGAAUGUCUAUGUUACGAGUACGACAACAGAAUCCGUAGUAGAAAAGUUAAUGAACGACACGAAGGAGACUUUAAUAACAAAUACAAUUUCGCUACCUGUUCUACCAAUCAAUCAAACAAAUUUCAUUGGUAAUCGCAUUGAAGACUUUGUUAAAAAUAUUUCUUCACCUUCUACGAAUCAACAUACGAUAACGACAACAUCGGUUGUAUUUAACGAACUGGUUACGACUACUGAUUCGAUAAAAAGCAGUGAUAUGAGGACGACUGAUGCAGGAAUUAAGAACACCAUUAUGACCUCACAGAUGGAAACAUCGUAUACAACACCAAUUAGCGAUAUAAUUACAGAUAACGUACAAACUACCGAAAGCUAUUCAAACAGUAAGACUUCUUCGAACUUGAAUCCCGACGUAAACAGUAAGGAACCUUCAUUUGUACGACAUCAAAACGAUCUCAUCGAAUCGUUAAAUUCAAUUACGACGUUGUUACCUUCAGAACAAGAAACUGCAACUGACAAGACGGUCAUGAACGUCACAACAAAAGCGAAUACCACUUUAUUAACUCCAAAUGCAGUACCUGUGGUAAUUCAAGAACAGAUGACGACCUUGAUUGCCGGUGAACAAUCUGUUACGGAAACUUUUUCGAAUAUCCAUGAUUAUGAGCUAAAAAAUCAUACCGGCAUUGAAUCGGAAGCAUCGUUGAAAGCAAACGAAUCUCGUUAUUCCGAUUCAAAGGAAGAUACGCAAAGGUAUUCCACUCCUUAUGUAAAAUUGAAUAUCACUUUUACGAAUGAUUUAUCUUCAGCCGAUGCGAGUAACGUAUCCGUGGACAAUAUGAUUACAACGAAGGUUUCGGAGAAUGCGGAAUCAACGUCGAGUGGUACUACAAUAGAACCGUCACAGGAUUUGCGCGUCCAGACAAACAAAACGAUCGAAGAAUCGAUGGAGAACGUUGCAACGAUAAAUGAAUCAAAUUGGAUGAUAGAUCAAAUAACAGCUAACGUUAGCGCAGAUACAAAAGGUAAUGAUACGAACGGAACAUCCUCAGAGAUAAUAGAUGAUAAUACAAAUGACAGUACGAAGGUACAAGUAGACAAUAACGAAUCAAUUUCUGUAUCUCCGGAUGUUAUCGAAGAAGUAUCCUCGUCGAAAUUAUUGACACCGUCAGUAUCAAUGGCAGCGGAGAACUCAUCGAGUUCGCAAUCGACUUCGAAAAUCAGUUACAAUGAAAAUAUGAAUGCAAGCUAUUCGGAGGAUAAGGAAACAACUGAAAAGUGGUUGUUGAUACCUCAUAAAGUAGUUGCAUCAUCGUCCGUCGAAAAAACUACCGUCUAUCCAACGACUCAAAAGAUCAUACAGGAUAUCGCCCACGCGUCGGAUACACGCUUACCUGCUGUAACGUCGGAAAUAAAAUCAAAUGAAAAUAUACCGUUAGAUUCUCCGGCAAGCGUGACCGCUUUGGAUGUUACCGUGACGAAGACUGAAAGCGACAUCGUUAACUUCUCGAAAAUGUGCAAUAAUUUAGCUUUCGAUUUUUGGAUGGCAGCUAAUAAGGGCCUAAGUACAAACAGAUCCCUGGUUCUUUCGCCUUUCGGUAUGGUCAGUCUACUGGCCAUGAUAUUUUUAGGAGCACGAGGAACCACCUCCGAUCAGAUGAACGAAUUACUUAAGUUGGACGACGUAGCCACAUUUAAUCCACAUUUGGUGUUUCAAAACGUAACCGAUAUGGUGGGAUUGACGAGAGGACAAGGGAUCACAAACGCUGCCUUCGUUCGUGAACUUUUCGUCGAUAGAGCGAGGGUCAGAAAAACGUUGCCAUUUUACAAAGAACAAGCCCAACAGUUUUACGAAGGUCUUGUUGCCGAAGUGAAUUUUGCCACCAUUGGUGACAUCGUUCGGAGACGGACGAACUUACUGGUUAGAAAACAAACGGGCGGUAGGAUCAAGGACUUUAUAAAGGCGAACACGGUACCUCUACGAUCUCCUUUGGCUGCUGUAUCAGCCAAUGUUUUCCAAACUAAUUGCAACUCCAGUUUCGUUAGUUCUGACGGAAGAGACGGCGAGUUAUAUUUUGCCGUGUCACCGGCUAUCAGACAGAGAAAAUUGAUACCUGUGCCAGCUAUAGUCUGGCGAUCGAAUAUACUUGCAGGUUACGAACCUAGUUUAGAUGCUACUGCGGUUGCUCUUGGUAAAGUCGAAAAUCUUGUUACAACGGUAUUCUUAUUGCCUGGACAACAAGGCCAUAUAGCCCCAGGUGAUACUUUGGAUCGUCUUGAACGAAGAUUAAUAGCAAGUGCUUCGCGUGACAAUAAUUGGAACAGGCUUUUGAAAGUAUUACUUCCUAGGAAUAGUUUAGAACUUCAAAUACCUAAAUUUACUCAUAGAUCGGUCGUUAAUGCGACAGCAGCUCUCAGAAGAAUGGGAUUCGAUAGACUGUUCACCGAACAAGCUGAUUUGAAGGGUAUCAAUGGAAUUGGAAAUCACUUACAUCUAUCUGACAUACUACAGAUUAAUUUGUUCGGCACGUGCGGCGAUGAGAAUCCAACAAAUGGAAGACAUCACAUGGAAACGUAUCCAGCGACUCCAAUAAAAAGAGCUCGUCAACAUGAGGAAACUUCGAAUAGAAUGGCUCUGGAUAUACGUGGUCAGUCCAACCUCUUAGAUUACUUAGAAGUAAAUGCUUCGAAGUCGAUGUUCGGUAAGACCGAUAAAAGGAGAAAGCGACAUGCAGAUAAUGCGAAGGUUAUAAUGAGAUCGGAAAGAUCGCGAUUGAAACUCGACAGACCCUUCUUAUAUUUCGUACGUCACAAUCCCACCGGUUUAAUACUUCACAUGGGAAGAUUUAAUCCAAGACUUUUGCCCUAGCUCGUCUACAAUAUCGUUCAUGGAAAUACGACAUUUAACUUGAUCGAACACCAUCGUUAUGUAGUGUCAUUAUCGUAUAUGUUGGUUUUCGAUCGACACGUCGAAUAUUUUAUAUUGUUAAUUUGUUUAGAUCCGACAAUGCUUAAAAGCAACUCGAUGUAUAUUAUAGUAAAAAAAAAUUAGGUAUUAUGAAAAAGAAGUUAGUCAAAUGCAAUAAUAUAGAUUGCGACUUCGCCAUCAUUCGUAACUAUUAAAAAAUAAUUUUAUAAAAUAUGCAGUUUCUUUGUGGUGCAAAUAAAAUAAUAAUAAUAAUAAU